AUGCACUCUGAAUUGCUGAAGAUUUUGUGGAGAGCCCUUGUCUUCUGCUUGCUACUGGAGGAGGCUGUAGGAUCGGCUAGAGAGAGACCAGAAACAGGUCAGACCCAAGACCAUGUAUUGGUGAAGGGGGUAAAACCUCAAUCCUGGGAGCGAAGGACACGAGAGACCUCAGCCAAGGACAAAAAGCCACAGAUCAUCCCUCAUAUUGGUGGAGGAAGCCUGGCCAUUGACACUCUGGCUGACAAUGAAACUCAGAUUGUGGAAGACAACCACAGCUACUACAUAUCCCGGAUUUACAGUCCAGGUGAAGCGCGAGCCAAGGAUCUCUGGGUGAACAUUGCAAAAGUCAACAGGACCCAAGUCCAUGGGAUCCUCUCCAAUACACACAGACAGGCUGCAAGAGUCACUCUAUCAUUUGACUUCCCUUUUUAUGGGCAUCACCUGCGGCAAGUUACCAUAGCAACAGGAGGGUUCAUCUUCAUGGGCGACGUCAUUCACCAGAUGCUGACAGCCACACAAUAUGUUGCCCCUCUUAUGGCAAACUUCAACCCUAGCUACUCCCGCAAUUCCACUGUCAAAUUCUUCGACAAUGGGACUGUCUUUGUUGUUCAGUGGGACCAAGUAUAUCUGGAAGGGAAGGAAGACAGAGGCUGUUUCAUCUUCCAAGCAGCUUUGCACACUGAUGGCAGAAUUGUCUUUGGCUACAAGGAGAUCCCCAUGUCAAUCUUGGAAAUCAGUGCCACACAACACCCUGUCAAAGCCGGCCUCUCGGAUGCUUUCAUGAUCAGCAACUCCUCCCCUGAUAUAUCUGGACCUCAGCGUCGAACCAUCUAUGAAUACCACCGUGUGGAGCUGGAUUCCAGCAAGAUCACAAGUGCAUCUGCGGUGGAGUUUGUGCCUUUGCCCACCUGCCUUCAGCAUCAGAACUGUGAAAUUUGUGUGACCUCAGACCUAACCUUCAACUGCAGUUGGUGCCACGUCCUGCAAAGGUGUUCCAGUGGAUUUGACCGACAUCGUGAAGAAUGGUUGACAUAUGACUGUGGCCGAGAGUCAGAAGAGAGGACCUGCACAGACUUUGAAGAGAAUGAACAUUACUACUCAUCACCUCCAGACAACAGUCCCUUCACAUCAUUCAGAGAUGUCACUACUACUUCUUCCCAUUUUGUUGACAGCCUAACCACUGAAGAUGACACAAAGUUAAAUCAGAAAGCGGAAGGAGAAGGUUUAAGAAACGAUGACCUUCCUACAGAGAAAGUGGGGUCCCAGAUCCACACAGGAACAAUUGUGGGAAUUGUGCUAGCAGUCCUUCUCAUUGCCGCCAUCAUUCUGGCUGGCAUCUACGUCAGCCUCAGCUUCAAUCCUACCUCCAGCACUGCUUGGCUCUUCCUUGAGCGAAGGCCACAUCGAUGGCCCGCCAUGAAGUUCAGAAACCACACAACAUACACUGAAGUGGAGCCAGCCAGUCACGAGAAGGAGGGUUUUGUUGAAGCGGAUCAGUGUUGAGCAAUACUCCUGUUUCAUUUCUUCAGAAUCUUUAAAACUUCAAGGAUCUCUCCAACUCUCAACGUCUCCAGUUUAUUUCAUUAUGAAUCACCACUGCAGGAACAGUAAAAUAGGAGAAUGAAAAAGAAAGCCCCACCCCUAAACUGAAAUGAAUACAUGAAGAUCACAGAAACAAGGAUUGGCAGGGAAAAUUACAAUAGAAUCAUGACUUUAUCCUGUGGGACCCAUCAAGUGUAACUGGUGUAGCCAUCCUCAGCUGCUUACAGUGCCAGUGAAAAGCAGUCUUUGUCCUUUCUGCUUUUUGUAGGUACUGUAACCAGAAGUUACAGGUGAUCAGGAAGGCAUGUUUGCACAUUUGCCUCAGUGUAUUCUGGGUAACACCACACAUACUCAAACACUUCCAAAGGUGGAAAAAUGUUAAGCUGUUCAAAGAAAAAGUUGGGUGGGGGGAAAAAAUCAGCCUUCUAAGUGAGAGAUGGAAUGUUUACUUUCUAAAUACCCCUUGAGAUAUGAUGUUGGGGUUUAUGGACUAAAGUAUUAUGGGUUGGCUGGUCUGACUUGCACUGUUCAAAUAUCUCAGCAUCAUCACAGACUUAUCAGAUGCAGCACCUGCUGUCUGUGGAUUGAGAGGCGCUUAAGCUGAGUCUGAAAUGGCACCUUCAUAUUUAUCUGUAAUGGUGGUAUAAAUUCAAGCCAGGAGCAGGAAAACAUUAAUUAAGGAGGCCUUGCUGUUGACAGUAAUCGCCCCUCAUUGACAGUUGAACCAGCCAGGAGAUAAAAUAUGUUCCAAACAUAACAUGAAACCCUUUAGAAAAAUGCAGUGGAUCAACAUGUUUCUGCUUUGAAUUACUAACUUCACCUCACAAUGGAUUCUGGGGUUUUGGCUUAGUUUGCUUUCUUUUUUAAAUAUUAAGAGCCAACUAUAGUCAUUGGUUUCAGUGGGAAAACAAAAUGGAAGACUUUAUUACAAGGAAGCAGAAAGGUUUAGUUUAUUUUUUAAUGAAUGAAAAAUUAUUAUGUUGAGAAAUUAUAUGGAUAGGUACAUAAGUACUACUCUCCAUUUUGAUGCCAUUAACUGUCAUCUUUAAAUUGGGAAUCAGAACACAAUCUAGUAUCAAGGAAUUCUUGUGGCAUAUCUAGAUGUUAAAUUUUCUUUAAAGCCUUGAAAACAAUAGGGUUCUCUGAGUUUCAAUUCUCUCUCUAGCCCUUUCAGUUCUUAUAUUUACCACAUAUAUGGAGCAAAUGCUGUACACAUGAUCUCUGUUACAUACUUGGUUGCCGUUUUGUUUGAAAGGGCACGUGUGUAUUUACAGCCUCAGUAUGUAUAUACCAGCGAUUGCCCAUAUCAGGAGGGCUGCAGUGUAAUGUAUUCCCCAUAUAUGCAUGAUAAAACAUAACAACUGAAAAGGACUUCCCUCUCUCAUCUUCUCCUUAUUCAGGAUCAGCUUCUUACAUCUUCCCCAAUCUGAUAAUGUGGUGAAGUCCACCUACAAAAUGCAGAUCAAUAUCCUUGUAAAUACUAUGGAACUAUUUUUCAUUCUAGUCUGAAUUCCCACAAUACAAAUAACCAGGGCUUUUUUUCUGGGAAAAG